AUGAGCAAAGAGAAAGAGCCAUUGACUCCAGUUCUAUUUCAUACUGCGGACAAAGCUCGCGCACUAACUACCGAAUCUAUGAACUCUUUCUUUAAUGACACUUCUGUGGAAACCCCGAGAUAUAAGUGAGUUUAAAAUGGUCAAAAAUGAGGUUUUAAACCUGAAACACACUUGAAAAUGCACUUCAGUUUUUAAAAGACAGCUUAUUAAUUUUUUGAUUUUAGGCAGCGUUUGUACGAAUUAUUUUCCUUAAUCGAUAAAGAAUUCGAAACAUUAUAUUUGGAGAAUUGUCAAUGUAAGUUAAUAUCUUCUUUUUUAUUGUUUUUUAGUAAAAGUUCGAUUAGGCCAAGCCCCAGAAAGCUCUUUAAAUGACCUCAUCAAAUCCCCAGACACCUCGGCUUCGAUUUUUAGUGAGAUCAAGGCUUCUCAGAAAAAACGUAGGUCGUAUUUUACAAGUUGUAAUUAAUUUAUUUACGUUUUUUAAAUUAAUUUACACUCAAAAUUUUUAGACAGACAACAAAAAUGGAAAACAGCCUUCAGAAGGCCUCCUCAACGCUUUGUUCCUAGUUUAAAAGUUGGCUCUAGUCAGAAUUCCGAAUCUUCAAAGCAUGCUUUUGUUCGUUCAUUUGAAGGUCAUCAAGAUGCUGUCUUAUCGUUAGCUACGGCGACUUACAAUGGCCAUUCUGUUGUAGCCAGUGCAUCUGCCGACCAAUCUGCUAGAAUCUUCUGUCCCGAUACUGGAGCAUGUUUGUUUCAAUACGAUGGUCAUAAUGGUGCUGUAAACUCUAUCUCUUUAAUGCCUGACACUUCUACUAACGACCAGUUCUUUGUUCUGACUGCCAGUGGUGAUAGGACAAUUCAUUUAUGGAAAACAGCAUCUUUGAGUGAAGCCAACGUACCUCCCAACAACAGUUCAGAGGAUGAUUUGGAUGCAACUUCGGAAAAACUGAAUGAAAAUGAAGGUAAAGAUGGUGUUUUAGUUAUUUAAAUUUUUAGGUAUGAAUUUGGUUUAUAUAUCAAAUAUACAUUUUUAGAAGAACGUUUUGGUCCAGCUUCAGUAGUGAUCCGUCAACCAAUUCGAGUGUUCAGUGGACAUUCUGACGUUGUUGUGGGAGCAGAAUUCUUACAAGGAGGAGAACAACUGAUAACGGUAUCAUGGGACAGAACGGCCAACAUUUAUGAUAUGGAAAACGAGACUGUAGUCAAUGUUCUGACUGGUCAUGACAGUGAGCUGACCUUUUGUUCGAGUCAUAAAACCAACAAGAUUGUCGCUACUGCCAGUCGGGAUCAUACCUUCAGGCUAUGGGACUUCAGAGAAGCCAUGAGGAGUGUGGCUGUGUUUCAGGGGCAUAAUGAGUAAGUCUAUCUACUUUAAUAUUAUUUUUUGCCGUUUUUGAUAUUUUUCUUUCUAAAUUUUUUUACUAUUACAACAUGUCAUACGUUUUAGAGCAGUAAACUCGGUUGUAUUCGCAGCGAAUCAUCACAUUAUAUCCGGUUCUGAUGAUCGUACCGUGAAAGUUUGGGACCUUCGAAACAUGAGAUGUGCCAUUGCAUCGAGUAGAUUUGACAGUGGAGUUAACAAAGUUGGAGCAUCGGCCAAAAGUCGACUUAUGGCAAUUCCUUUGGACAAUCGAUAUGUCUACAUUCACGAUUUGAAUGGAAAUCGGAUUGGAAGACUUCAUCGGGGAAACGUAAGUCCAUAUUUUGGUUAUUGGUAGGGAAUAGUUUUUUUUUUAAUUUUGAAAAAAAAGUUUAAAUUGCUUGUAUAGGACCUGGUAAAUCCUUCUUGAAAUUUUUAUUUUAUUUAUGUAUAAUAUACAUUGUAUAUAAUAUUCCAUUUCAGAGCCACACAGCCCUAGUAACCUCAGCGAUUUGGUCGGACGAAACCGAAGGAACUAACUUAAUAACCGCUGGCAUUGACAAGAAAAUGCUUGGAUGGAGGGUUAACAUUAAGGCGUAA